UGAUAACCGGAAAAUGGUUAGCUGCAUUUAAUAACUAUUUAAGUUCUAAAAGGUUCCGAAAAUAAACACUACCUAGACAUGUAGAAUUGGGAGUCUACUCGGUUCAUUUAAUUUUUAUCAGUAACGUUCGACAACGGUUUGAGAACUGAACGUGACAAAAUCAAAGAUAUGUAGGCUCUGUCGGUGGUGAAAUAUUGACCUUUCCUAAAGUGGGCAUGUGGCGCCCUCCAUCGGGCUCUUGUGUGCAUCAAGCAUCACGUGAAUAUGAGAGGGCACAGAGCAGUAAGAGCACUGUACUAGAAACGAGUGAACGUCGGAUCCCUCAGCCGCACUGUCAAAGCUUGGAAUAUUACAACAGCAGCAGCAGCAGCUCAGACCUUUUUUCUUACUAGAGCGACAACCAACCAUGGCGGGACUUGAAUAACGACGCGAGCAGAGCGAUAUUCGCCAAAACACUUUCAGAAUUCCUACUUCGCUCCUUUUUUGCCCUAUGCAUCAGCGUCGUUUGGAGGAAGGACAGUGUUGAAAUACUUUACUGGACUCGGUCAGAAGAAAAUAGAAAGCUAAGUAAAUUUAAAGCAGAAUGGCGGACCGUGAUACGUUACCUCUUCCUCCGGAGGUGCGAACUAGACUUGCUGAGCUGGAACUGGAGUUGUCAGAGGGUGACAUCACACAGAAGGGCUAUGAAAAGAAGAGGUCCAAAUUAAUUGGGGCCUUCCUCCCUCAGGCACCAGGUAAAGGGAUGGACCCGUCUGCGCCCCACGAGAGAAGAACACCCGUCACCCCUGGCUCUUCCUCCAGAUACCACCGUCGGCGUUCCUCUGGCUCCCGGGACGAGCGCUACAGAUCAGAUGUCCACACAGAGGCGGUGCAGGCUGCUUUGGCCAAACACAAGGAGCGCGGUAAGAUGGCAGUGCCCAUGCCCUCCAAGCGGCGCUCCCUGGUCGUGCAGACUUCCAUGGAUGCCUACACUCCCCCAGGUGAGCAACAUAUAGGACACCAAGACACGUCUUCGGGUUCGGACGGCGAGGGCUCCAUGCAGGGCGAGGGCACGCCCACCUCCAGCCAGGGAAGCAUCAACAUGGAGAACUGGAUCAGUCGGGCAAUCCACGGUUCCACCUCGUCCUCCACCACCUCGUCCUCCUCCACCCAGAGCGGAGGGAGCGGGGCGGCAGGCCGGCUUGCAGACGUUAUGGGCCAGACGCAUCUGGGGAAGUCAGGGCCAAUUGCUCACCUCUCUCUGAAGAGGAAGACUAGGAAGGCCCCCCCCAGCCAUCCGGUCCCAGUCACGGUAGAGAACGGGAACUCAGGUCCCGGCGCCGCAGUCCGGUGGUCCUGUGAGUUCGGAUCGGGCGGACCGGAGCUCGUCUGGCGGCCGCCCCCCCAGGAGCAGCAGGAGAACCACUCUGCCCCUCCAGAUGUCACCGGCUACACCAGCGACUCCAUCCAGCUGGAGAGACCCCAGGGCUCCACCACGGCGUCCAGGGCUGCGCCCAAGUACGGCAACGCCGAGCUCAUGGAGACCGGAGAUGGCGUUCCAGUAGGGGGCAGAGUGUCAGCCAAGAUCCAGCAGCUGGUAAACACGUUGAAGAGGCCCAAACGGCCACCUUUAAGAGAAUUCUUUGUGGACGACUUCGAAGAGCUCCUGGAGGUCCAACAGCCGGACCCCAACCAGCCUAAAGCGGAGGGGGCUCAGAUGCUGGCCAUGAGGGGGGAGCAGUUAGGGGUGGUCACUAACUGGCCCCCGUCGCUGGAGGCCGCGCUGCAGAGGUGGGGCACCAUAUCUCCCAAAGCCCCUUGCCUUACCACUAUGGACACCAACGGAAAACCACUGUACAUUUUAACCUACGGAAAACUGUGGACACGGAGUAUAAAGGUGGCCUAUAACAUCCUUCACAAGCUGGGGACCAAGCAGGAACCCAUGGUCAGACCUGGAGACCGGGUGGCUCUUGUCUUUCCCAACAACGACCCGGCUGCCUUUAUGGCUGCCUUCUACGGCUGUCUACUGGCCGAAGUUGUCCCUGUGCCAAUCGAAGUGCCGCUUACGAGAAAGGAUGCUGGGAGUCAACAGAUUGGUUUUCUGCUGGGAAGCUGUGGAGUGACGGUUGCCUUGACGAGCGAUGCCUGCCAUAAAGGCCUUCCCAAGAGCCCCACAGGGGAGAUUCCACAGUUCAAAGGCUGGCCAAAACUGCUGUGGUUUGUGACUGAAUCAAAGCACUUAUCCAAACCCCCCCGAGACUGGUUCCCUCAUAUCAAGGAUGCAAAUAACGACACAGCCUAUAUCGAGUAUAAGACGUGUAAAGACGGCAGUGUCCUCGGCGUGACAGUGAUGAGGAUAGCCCUGCUGACUCAUUGUCAGGCCCUCACCCAAUCCUGUGGAUACACUGAAGCUGAGACCAUAGUGAAUGUAUUAGACUUUAAGAAGGAUGUUGGACUGUGGCACGGCAUUCUCACGAGCGUGAUGAACAUGAUGCAUAUUAUCAGCAUACCGUACUCCCUGAUGAAGGUCAACCCGCUGUCCUGGAUCCAGAAAGUGUGCCAGUACAAAGCGAAAGUGGCGUGUGUGAAGUCCAGGGAUAUGCACUGGGCCUUGGUGGCCCACCGAGACCAGAGGGACAUCAACCUGAGCUCGCUACGCAUGCUGGUGGUGGCAGAUGGAUCCAACCCCUGGUCCAUCUCUUCGUGUGAUGCAUUCCUCAAUGUCUUCCAGAGUAAGGGCCUGAAGCCUGAGGUGAUCUGUCCCUGUGCCAGCUCCCCAGAGGCCCUCACUGUAGCCAUUAGGAGGCCCACAGAGGACAGCAACCAGCCCCCAGGGAGGGGUGUGCUCUCCAUGCAGGGCCUGAGUCACGGAGUCAUCCGAGUGGACUCUGAGGAGAAGCUCUCUGUCCUCACCCUGCAGGACGUGGGUACUGUCAUGCCAGGAUCUCUCAUGUGCGUAGUGAAACCAGACGGGGUUCCACAGUUAUGUAAAACAGAUGAGAUCGGGGAGCUGUGCGUGUGUUCCAUCGCCACGGGGACGUCGUAUUACGGCCUCUCAGGCAUGACCAAGAACACCUUUGAGGUGUUCCCUAUGAACAGUGUCGGGGCGCCCAUCAGCGAGUACCCCUUCACCAGGACAGGCCUGCUGGGCUUCGUCGGCCCUGGGGGGCUGUGCUUCAUCGCUGGCAAGAUGGACGGCCUCAUGGUGGUGGCCGGUCGGAGGCACAACGCUGAUGACAUUGUGGCCACAGCCCUGGCCGUGGAGCCCAUGAAGUUUGUCUACAGGGGGAGGAUAGCUGUGUUCUCCAUCACUGUGUUACAUGACGAGAGGAUCGUAGUGGUGGCUGAGCAGAGACCCGACUCCACAGAGGAGGACAGCUUCCAGUGGAUGAGCAGAGUGCUGCAGGCGAUAGAUGGGAUUCACCAGGUGGGGGUCUACUGCCUGGCCCUGGUGCCCUCCAACACCCUCCCCAAGACCCCUCUGGGGGGCAUUCACCUAUCGGAAACCAAGCAGCUGUUCCUGGAGGGCUCCCUUCACCCCUGUAAUGUCCUCAUGUGUCCCCACACCUGUGUCACCAAUCUGCCUAAGCCCCGGCAGAAACAGCCAGAAAUCGGGCCUGCCUCUGUGAUGGUGGGAAACCUGGUGUCGGGGAAGAGGAUCGCCCAGGCUAGUGGCAGGGACCUGGGCCAGAUGGAAGACAAUGACCAGGCAAGGAAGUUUCUCUUCCUCUCAGAAGUUUUACAAUGGAGGGCCCAGACCACUCCAGACCAUGUGCUUUACACGCUGCUCAACUCCAGGGGAACAAUAGCCCACUCGCUGACAUGUGUCCAGUUGCACAAGAGAGCAGAGAAGAUUGCUACUAUGCUGGCGGAGCGAGGACACCUGCAGGACGGGGAACAUGUUGCGCUCGUCUACCCCCCUGGGAUUGACCUGAUCGCGGCGUUCUACGGGUGCCUGUACGCUGGCUGUGUGCCAAUCACCGUGCGCCCUCCGCACCCUCAGAACAUCGCCACCACUCUGCCCACGGUGAAGAUGAUCGUGGAGGUGAGCCGCUCGGCGUGCGUGAUGACCACUGCAGUGAUAUGCAAGCUGCUGAGGUCCAAGGAGGCAUCAGCGGCGGUGGACGUCCGGACCUGGCCUCCUGUCUUGGACACAGAUGAUUUGCCAAAGAAGAAGCCUCCUUUGUUGUACAAGCCGUCAAAUCCGGACACACUGGCUUACCUGGACUUCAGUGUGUCCACCACGGGAAUGCUAGCAGGAGUCAAGAUGUCCCACACUGCCACCAGUGCCUUCUGUCGCUCCAUCAAGCUGCAGUGUGAGCUGUACCCCUCCCGCGAGGUGGCUAUCUGCCUGGACCCUUACUGCGGCCUGGGCUUCGUCCUCUGGUGCCUUUGCAGUGUCUACUCCGGCCACCAGUCUAUCCUGAUCCCACCAUCUGAGUUGGAAGUGAACCCCGCUUUGUGGCUACUGGCCGUCAGCCAGUACAAGGUCAGGGACACCUUCUGCUCCUACAGCGUCAUGGAGCUGUGCACCAAGGGCCUGGGCCUGCAGACCGAAUCGCUAAAGUCUCGAGGCCUGGACUUGUCACGGGUGAGGACGUGUGUGGUGGUGGCUGAGGAGAGACCCCGGAUAGCCCUGACCCAGUCGUUCUCCAAGCUCUUCAAAGACCUGGGCCUGCAUCCCCGAGCGGUCAGCACCUCGUUCGGUUGCAGAGUCAACCUGGCCAUCUGCCUUCAGCCUCACAGGCUGGGGAAGCUUGCUGACCAGGGUACUUCUGGGCCGGACCCAACCACUGUAUAUGUUGAUAUGAGGGCACUGAGGCACGACAGGGUUCGUCUGGUAGAAAGAGGGUCUCCACACAGCUUACCCCUGAUGGAGUCCGGAAAAAUUCUACCUGGGGUUCGGAUUAUCAUCGCCAACCCGGAGACCAAAGGGCCGCUGGGAGACUCGCAUCUUGGAGAGAUCUGGGUCUGCAGUGGACACAAUGCCAGCGGCUACUUCACAGUUUAUGGUGACGAAGCGCUGCAGUCAGACCACUUUAACUCCCGUCUGAGCUUCGGAGACACGCAGACAAUCUGGGCGAGAACUGGCUACCUUGGCUUCCUCAGGAGGACCGAGCUUACCGAUGCCAGUGGAGAGAGACAUGACGCCCUGUACGUGGUGGGGGCAUUGGAUGAAGCCAUGGAGUUAAGGGGAAUGAGGUACCACCCCAUUGACAUUGAGACCUCUGUCAUCAGGACGCACAAAAGCAUAACUGAGUGUGCGGUCUUCACGUGGACCAACCUUUUGGUGGUGGUGGUGGAGCUGGAUGGUUCGGAGCAGGAGGCCCUGGACCUGGUGCCACUGGUGACUAACGUAGUUCUGGAGGAACACUACCUGAUCGUGGGGGUGGUGGUGGUGGUGGACAUCGGGGUCAUCCCCAUCAACUCCCGAGGGGAGAAACAGAGAAUGCACCUACGGGACGGCUUCCUGGCCGACCAGCUGGACCCCAUAUAUGUGGCCUAUAACAUGUAGCCUGUCAAAGACAAGGCGUUGAACGGAUGGAUCGUGGUUAAUGUAUAUAAUGAACCUCAACAGGUUUUCCGUUCCCUGAGGAAAGCAGGGAUAGAGACGGAUAACGGGGUUUUGAACCCAGGCGCUCGCUAAGUUUUGUGUGACGUUGUUGCUAGUUCAAAUCAAAAGCACCUAGAAUUGACAAGAACAAGGGUGCUCUCAUUACCCCAAACAACAUUUUGUCAAACAGAAAUACAAUUUAGAAAAAAAAGAUUUGCAAUAAAAAAAUUGUUUGGCAGAAUUAAGUCAUCCCAGAAGACUGGUUAGUGAAGAAUUGGAAAGGAAGGUUCCCCAUGUUAUGAGAUGAGUCCCAAUCUAGUCUAGUCUUGCUUUUUCAGUCAUGGCUUUUGAAGUGUGUAUAUAUAUUUACAUGUUACAUAUUGCUGAAAUUGCUUGGUUUUUUUUAUCUGCCCUCCUAAAGGUUAGGGUAUUUUUUUAUAAUAAUUAUGACUGUGGCAAAUGGUAUUUUAUGUUUACCUUUUUUAUGAUAUCAGUCAUUACAUUUACAGAUAUGUUUUGAUAUAGGGCAUAUCAUUGUUGGCCUUGAACUUUACAUUAUGGGGUACAAUAUGUUGUUUUAUGUUUGUUGGUUACAUUUGUUUAGAACAAUUGUUUUUAAUUUUGUGCUAACAUUUUUUUCUGUAACAUCCCAACUACAGUGUGAUUAUUUCAACCACAGCAGGCUUUUACUCAGUUAUCAUGUUCAAUAUCUUUAUACUUCAACUGAAGGAAAACACUACAUUAUUUCAUAUCAUGUAAGUAUGUACAAAACUAAUUUAAUUUAUUUUGCUCUCUUAAGAAGUAUAUCAGAGAUGACAUUCAAGAAUGUUUUAAUCUUGAAUAUUUGCUAAUUUAAAAUCAAAAAACAUUGUAUUAUCUUGAGUGAAUACUAGUAUCACAUCAAUUACAGUAUCUCACAAAAGUGAGUACACCCCUCACAUUAUUGUCAAUAUUUGAUAUAUUUUCCUGUGACAAC